AUGGCAGCGCUGUACUCGAUGCCGUCGAUUCUGACGACGUAUGACCAGCUGCCAGCAAACAUGCAGUCGUUUCUGCUGUACCAGCUGCUGCGACGGACGCCGCGGCCGAUCCUGCAGUUUGCCACGCAGACGAUGUUGCCGGUGCUGCAGCGGGACUUUGUCUCGGAGCUGCCGGUGGAGGUGUCGCACCACAUCCUGAAGUUCAUGGACACGCGGUCGCUGUGUCGCGCGUCGUGUGUGUCGCGGCGGUGGCAGGACGUGGUCAACGGUGACGCGAAGGUGUGGCGGGCGCGGCUCAGCGACGCGCGGGUCCUUCCCCCCGCGCAAAUGCAAUGUCGACGAGCUGACGGCGCAUGUGAUGGAGCAGGCGGGCGAGUCGCGGCGCACGGGCCGGUGCCGGUGCCGACGAACGCUUUCAAGGAGGAGUUUGCACGUGAUUAUGUGCUGGACCGCAACUGGCAUGAGGGCAAAUGUCGACACAUCAGCUUUGUGAGCGAGGGCGGCAGCGUGGUCACGUGCGUGCAGCUGACAGACGACUACAUCAUUGCAGGCUUCGACACCAAGAACAUUUACGUGUACGACAUCACCACGGGUGCGACGGUGCGGCAGCUGGUGGGCCAUGAGGGUGGCGUGUGGGCGCUGGCGGUGGUGGGCAACACAGUGAUCAGCGGUAGCACCGACCGCACCGUGCGUAUCUGGGAUCUGGAGACCGGUCGCUGCACGCACGUGUUUGCGGGCCACUCGAGCACCGUGCGGUGCCUGCAGGUGCUGCUGCCGACCGACACGCGUACGCCGCUGGAGCGCGCACGCAACGAGCCAGUGCGGUACGAGCCGAGCGAGCCGCUGAUUGUCACGGGCUCGCGCGACACCACGCUGCGCGUCUGGAAGCUGCCCAGCCCGACCAAAGACACGCCGUAUGUUCCACGAACCGGCGCGGAAAUGCCGCCGCCGCCACGGACGAACCCGUAUUUCAUGCGAGUGCUGGAGGGCCAUACCGACAGCGUACGGGCGGUGGCCGGGUUCGGCAAUCUGGUUGUGAGCGGAUCAUACGAUUUUGCCAUCCGCGUGUGGAAUGUGGUGACGGGCCAGUGCCUGCACGUGCUGGAGGGCCACACUGCCAAGGUCUACACGCUGGCGCUGGACACUAAUCUGCAUCUGGUGAUCUCGGGCAGCCUGGACGGCACCAUCCGCGUGUGGGACUGGGACACAGGCGCCUGCGUGCGCAUUUUGCGCGGCCACCUGACGCUGGUGGGCCUUUUGGCGCUGGACCACAACACGCUGGUGUCUGCGGGCGCCGACGCGACCCUGCGUGUAUGGGAUCACCCGAUGCAGCAGCCAAUGCCGACACACCAUACCAAUGCCAUUACGUGCUUCCAGCACGACGGCACCAAGAUUGUCAGCGGCGCCGACGGUACCGUCAAACUGUGGGAUGUGCGCACCGGCGCCUUUGUCCGUGACCUGCUCAGCGGCCUGUCGGGUGUCUGGCAGGUGAGGUUUGACCGCAGGCGCUGUGUCGCCGCUGUCCACCGCAACGACGUGUCGUUCUUUGAGGUCAUGGAUUUCGGUGCUGAGCCAGAGUGCUAA